CCUGUCUGCCAUCUGUCACGUCGUCUCAUCAGAAUCGGGGCCUGGCCGCGCUCGUGUUUCAGGCGUCAGCUGGGCUCUCUUUUGGCGCAGCGCACCGUUGCGCAGACGCAAACUCCGACAGUUUCUAAUUUGGAAAUUUCCACACAGUCCUUGCACUUUUCCUGUACCUCUCUCCUUGGGGGCGGCAACCUUUCGACCUCUGAUUCUUCAUCUGCUUUUCUUCUUCUUCUUCUUCACAUCAUAGCCAUACCAUCACAGGGGUGUGGAUUGAUGUUCUGCAUUCGCAAUUCUUGAUAGACGUCAGGGAUUAGCAUAGCCUUUGCUCCGCCCUACUUACCCAACCAACCUCAACACUUUCCCUCCAACAUAACAACGUCCACGCGCGAUACCACACCACCGCACACACGCACGCGACCCUCACUAUUACCUAUACCCCUACGUCCUCCUCUCCUUCCCACCUCAACCCGCAGAAACGAGAAAUAAUCCCGAAAUCCACCACCAUGGGCGCAAUAACCAACCUAAUCCCGCUCGUCAUCCUCUUCGCCGUCGUCGCUGGCCUCGGUUACGUAGGAUACCAAAUCUACCUCUACUCCAACGAGCUCGCCUCGCGCGGCGUGCGCAAGAUGGAGAAGAAGAACGUCGUCUUCACAAAGGACGGCGCAAAAGUCGCCGUGCGCGAAGUCAAGACCGAGGACUACGAGGAUAGGACACAGCGCGCGUUUGUCAAGACGUGGAAUGCCGCAAAGGAGAGCGAGAGUACGGGCAAGACGGUUAAAGGUGGAAGCGCGAGUGCGGGUGGGAGGCCGGUGACUGCGAGGUCGAGGACGAGGUAGAUGGGAAUUUGGAUGGGGGGUUUAUACUUCUUUGGGGGGCGAGUUCUUUAUUAGGGGGUGCAGGGAGGUGUGGGGGUGUUGGGAAGGUUUUUGGGGGCCUUGUGUGCUUUCCAUGGGUUGGUUUGGGUUGGAAAGGACAUCUGGGGGAGGGGGAGAGACAUGCAUACACAUACACACACAUGAAGGGAGGAAGGAGGUGGAGGAGCGAGGGUGGUAGAUGGAGUGUUCAGGGAACGAGCGUCUCCAUGUUCUUUCCCCUUCCCUCUCUCUUUCUUCUCUCCUCCGUCUUCAAUUCUCUCUCACAAUCAUCUGCCGCGAAGGCAGUUUUUCUGUUACAUAUCUUCUUUUUUUCCUCUUCUCCCUUAUUCCAAUUUUUUCUUCUA